AUGGAUUUUCCUAAAGGUGGUAUUAAACGAAUUUGGCAGGACGAGAGUACAAAAUCCAUAAAACAUACCGGUACCGAGGGAAAGAGAUAUGUCAUAGUGCAUGCAGGUGGAAAACAUGGUUUUACUGAGGGAGCCGAUCUAGUGUUUUCCUCAAAAUCAACCAUCCGAAAUCAAAAUCCAAAAGAACCAUCCGUUAUAGUACUGGAUAAUGCUUCGUACCAUUCGGAAAUUUUAAAAAAGCAACCAACAAACUCCUGGACCGUAGAUAAAAUAAAAGUAUGGUUAACGAAUAAAAAUAUUACAUUUCCUCAAUAUUGCUUUAAGCCUCAACUACUAACGUUAGCUAAAAGUCAUGCACAACCAAACAUAUAUAUGGUAGACGAAAUUACACAUAGCUUUGGACAUCGUGUGUUAAGACUACCGCACUAUCAUUGCCAAUUCAAUCCUAUUGAAUAUAUUUGA